UAGGGGGGCUGCUGCUUUGUGGGAGGGAAACUCCCACUGUAGGCGUUACUCUGCACGACUAUAUUGAGACAAUACCGUCAAUGAACUGCACUUUUCCCACGUUUUCUCUCUCGGGGGAGAGGAGCUCGUCUGGAGUACACUGCCGAGAUUUUUUCUUGUUUGCAAAUAUAUGCUUCCAGGCCGCCGAGACGCGUGUGUGUGAUAUAAAAAAAAACUGAAACAAUACCCGUGAAGUUUGGAAGUUAUCUGAUCACACUGCUCUGUUUCCAAAUUUGCAUUCAGAGGCUUUUUCCUUUCCCAAGACGGUGCCGCAACACCCCAGCGUUACUUUGGUGUUUGUAUCUGUAGCUGUGCGUUACAGCUGCAGUUUGUCCGCUCUGCCUCCUCGUCCCGGGAUAAAGAACUCUCAAAGCUCCCCGAAAACACCGAUACAGCGUGUUCCCUGACUUGAAGCUGCAGACAGCUCAUGUGUCAGAGUGGUGUCCACAGGCACAAUGCUUUCAUCCCGCUACUUUCUGCUGCUGCUGUGGAUCCUGCCAGUUCUGCUGGUCUGCUUACCUCUGACCCAGUCCAGACCUGCGACGGAGGACACAGACACCACCGAUGCCAUGAAAUCAUCUGAAGAUGAGGACGAUGACGAAUCAUCCUCAGAGGAAAACAAACUGUCCAGUGAAUUGUCGACCAGCAACGAAAAUCUCCAGCCCUUGGCGCCUCAGUGGAUAAUGCCAGAGAAGAUGGAGAAGCAGCUCCAUGCUGUUCCUGCUAGCAAGACUGUUAAGUUUCGAUGCCAAGCAACAGGGAACCCCACUCCGUCCUUGCGUUGGUACAAAAACGGGAAAGAAUUCAGGAAAGACCAACGAAUUGGAGGAUUCAAGAUCAGAGACCACAUGUGGACCCUAAUAAUGGAGUCAGUGGUUCCAUCUGAUGAAGGCAACUACACCUGUGUGGUGCAGAAUGAAUAUGGCAGCCUAAAACACACCUACCUACUGGAUGUAGUCGAGCGUUCCCCACACAGGCCAAUCCUCCAGGCAGGCCUCCCAGCCAAUCGGACUGCGAUUGUUGGUAGUGAUGUGGAGUUUGUAUGUCGAGUGUUUAGUGACCCCCAACCUCACAUCCAGUGGCUCAAACACAUCACUGUCAACGGCAGCAGAGAGGGACCGGACGGUCUUCCCUUUGUCCGUGUUCUCAAGACUGCAGGUUUGAACACAACAGACAAGGAAAUGGAGGUUUUGACUCUGAAGAAUGUAACUCGGGAUGAUGCUGGGAUGUACACCUGCCUGGCUGGAAACUCGAUCGGACUCUCCCACCACUCAGCGUGGCUCACUGUAGUUGAAGAUGUCCCCCCAUCCCCGCUGCCCUCCCAAACCUACUUGGAGAUCUUCAUCUAUUGCUUUGGCUUCCUCAUCAUCCUCAUCCUCACUGCCAUAGCAAUCAUCUGUCGGCUCUGCUGUGCCCCAAAGAAGAGUGACUUCAACAGCCAGCUGGCUGUCCAAAAAUUAGCCAAGAGUAUACCCCUCAGGAGACAGGUGUCAGUUGAGUCGUCGUCCUCUCUUCAGUCAGGGACGUGUUUGAUGCGUCAGUCCCGUCUCUCUAGUGCCGCCACCACCAUCCUGGCAGGCGUGUCAGAGUACGAACUUCCCCAUGAUCCUCUGUGGGAGCUUCCUCGAGACAGGCUGACCUUGGGGAAACCUCUUGGGGAGGGCUGCUUUGGUCAAGUGGUGCUGGCUGAGGCGCUAGGGAUCGACAGAAAUAAGCCAACACGCCUCACCAAGGUGGCAGUCAAGAUGCUCAAAGCGGAUGCCACAGAGAAGGACCUGUCUGACCUGAUCUCUGAAAUGGAAAUGAUGAAGAUGAUUGGCAAACACAAGAACAUCAUCAACCUGCUGGGAGCCUGCACACAAGAUGGUCCACUGUACGUGAUAGUGGAGUACGCAUCUCAGGGCAAUCUGAGGGAGUACCUCCGUGCUCGUCGACCAGUCGGUCAGGAGUACUGGAGCGGCCUGAGGCAGGGCUCCUUGGGCAAUUUGGAGAUCAGGGAGCUGGUCUCUGCUGCUUAUCAGGUGGCCAGAGGAAUGGCAUACCUGGCUUCAAAGAAGUGUAUUCACAGAGACCUGGCAGCCAGGAAUGUGCUGGUCACAGAAGAUAAUGUGAUGAAGAUCGCUGAUUUUGGCCUGGCCAGAGACAUCCACCACAUUGACUACUACAAGAAGACCACUAAUGGUCGUUUGCCUGUGAAGUGGAUGGCACCAGAGGCUCUGUUUGACCGCAUUUACACACACCAAAGUGAUGUGUGGUCGUUUGGGGUCUUGUUGUGGGAAAUUUUCACGCUCGGAGGCUCUCCUUACCCUGGGGUUCCUGUGGAAGAGCUCUUCAAGUUACUAAAGGAGGGACACCGGAUGGAGAGACCCUCCGCAUGCACUCAGGAGCUAUACGUGCUGAUGAGGGAUUGCUGGCAUGCUGUCCCGUCUCGCAGACCCACUUUCCAGCAGCUGGUGGACGAUUUAAACCGCACUCUUUCCCUCUUGGCCAACCAGGAGUACCUGGACCUGACCGUCGAGUACACUCCAGUGGGCUCAGACACCUACAGCUCCUCUGCCUCGGCCCACUCCUGCUACUCCACGUAGCUUUUCCCGGGACCUCCCUUCCUGGACCACCUUUCCCAUUUCCUCUGCUGUGCGGGGCAGCACACAGUCCCAGAUGAGGCCGAGCAGAGGAAGGCGGACAAGUGGAGAAACAAGCUGCUUCACUGUAGUCCUGCAGUAGUCUUAAAGGUCUGGCAGUAGUGAUGCGAAGAACAGCUGUCCCGGGCUGGACUGUCGUUCCCGAGCUUUCUGUCUCUCAGCGAGGCCCCGGGGAGCAGCUUACACACUUCUGCCCAGACCAUCUCAAUGAAGCUCAAUGAAAGAUAGAAGACGUAGUUUGGUGAUUAUAUCGUCACCUCUAGUGCCCACUGCUUUGUGCUCUGGUCAUUUUAAUAAUAAUAAUAAUGAUGUUGUGAUUCUCAUCUGAAUAUGGUAAAUUAUGUAUUUUUUGUGAUUUUGCCAAAGAUAAUGCCAGUGUUUGUCAGUGUUACAGUACAACAGCAUUGCACUUAAUCUCCAGUUGAAUACAGCAUACGAUUACAGAAAAUACCUUUAACUGAAUGUGUAUGAUUACAGAUUAACAGUAUUAAAAUCAAUUUUAAUUUUUC